AGUUACGCUUUGGACAGACAUUGUCAAGAAAUAUUUUCAGUUUAUCCACCAUUUUCUUUGGACGAUGGGGAAACUGUGGAUUUCACACCUUUUGGUCUGGACAGUCCUGCUGAAUGGAAUCUUUGCAGCAGGCAAUACUGGGAAAAAAUUUGCUACCGUCUUCAUGCAGAAUUAUUUGGCGACCCUUGGCACUGGACGAUUUGAGCUCUUGAUCACAACAUAUGUCAAUUCCACAAAAGUCACCGUCACUGUCAACAAGUCAAAUUUUAUAAAAGAUUACACUGUUGGUGUUCCACAGACUUUGUCAGUUCUACUGCCAAGCAAUGUUGAGCUCCAUGGUUCUGCAAAAUCUUCAAGCACAGUGAUCAUCACUUCUGACAAAGAUGUGUCUGUUGUAUCUUUCAACUCCAAGUGGAUAUCAGCAGAUAUUUCUAUUGUAUACCCAGUUGAAAGCUGGGGCACUGAGUAUUAUCUUGUAACUCCAGAAAAGGGACCACAAGAUGCAUUCACAGAAUUUGCAAUCACAAAUUAUGAUUCCAAGGCAAAUCUUGUUGAAGUUUACCUCAAAGGUCAUGUACAGCUGCAGGGAACAAGUUAUCAUGAUGGUUCUAAAUUCACAGUUUCUUUAGAGGCAUAUGAAUCUGUGCAACUGCAGGGUAAUUCUGAUUUGACAGGUACCAGAGUUGUGGCUCAGAAACCAGUUUCUGUGAUGUCUGGACAUACAUGCUCCUGGUACUACAACAGAUGCAAUCAUGUAUAUGAACAACUCAUUCCUGUAACUAGUUGGAAGAAAGCAUUUGUAGUGCCCAAGCUGCCUUUUCAGUCUAAGCACAAUCUGGUAUACAUAAUUGCUUCCCAGGAGCUGACCAUUCAGGUUCAAAAUGGAUCAAAAUCUAGUAGUGAACAUCUCAGUACUGGAGGCAUUCUUCAAGUUUUGACCUUAGAUGCUGCAUAUAUCAUAGCUAGUGCACCCAUACAAGUGGUGCUGUACUGCACAGGUGGAAAAUUUAGCUCUGAAACUUAUGACCCUUUCUUAAUGAACAUCCCAGCCACUGAUGACUACUGCACCAGAUACACCAUAAAUGGCCAUUCCAAUUUCAACAACUAUGCGAUUGUUGUUGCCAGCAACAAUGCUAAAUCUACCAUUACCUUUAACAAAAAAGCUCUCAGCCCAGUUACAUGGACUUCAGUUCCUGGGACUGAUUACUCUUAUGGUGCCAUAUUAUAUGGAAACAUAACCAGUUUUAACAGCAUGGAGGACCCCAGGUCUGCAUUUGGACUGUUUAGUGUUGGAUACAUAAAUCAGAAUGGAUAUGGUGCACCAGCUGUGUGUAUAAGUAAUGCUGAUCCUUGUCUAACUAUUAAGUGCCGAAAGAAAGAAAAGUGCCAAGUCGUUGAUGGUGAAGCUGUCUGUAUUCCUGAGUCCAGUGUUGUCUGCUGGGCUAAAGGUGAUCCACAUUAUAAGACUUUUGACGGCAAAAACUAUGAUUUCAUGGGCACCUGUACUUACACCAUUGCUAAAACAUGUGGAAAUGAUGUUACACUUCCUUUCUUUAACGUUGAGGCUAAGAAUGACAACCGUGGCAGCACACAUGUUUCUUAUGUAAGCAGUGUAACCAUUGAAGUAUAUGACAUCACUAUUUCUGUGGUGAAAGGUGAAUAUGGAAAAAUCAGGGUAAACAACAAUGUGGAACAUCUUCCAAUUACCAUUCAGGAUGGAAAGGUAAAAAUCUACCAGAGUGGACAAGCAGUAAUUACUGAAACUAUUUAUAAAUUAAAAGUAUCAUAUGACUGGAUCCAUUCCCUCAUAGUAUACCUUCCAAGCAGCUACUAUGAGAGUGUGUGUGGCUUAUGUGGCAACUAUAAUGAAAAUUCAAUGGAUGAAUUCACAACCCCAUCAGGGGCACUGGCUAGUAAUGCUAUAGAUUUUGGAAAGAGUUGGAAAGUAAAUGAUGGGGACAAAUUCUGCUGGGAUGACUGCAAUGGUGAAUGUAAAACAUGUGAAGAAACUCUCAUUCAGAAAUAUAAAUCACAGCAGUACUGUGGUUUAUUAACAAGUGCAAAUGGACCAUUCCAAAACUGCCACUCUAUCAUUGAUCCAAAUAUUUAUCUCGACGAUUGUGCGUAUGAUGUGUGUAUGAAUGAUGGAUCCAAGCUUCUCCUGUGCCAGGCUUUGAAGACCUAUGCUGAUGCAUGCCAGAAUGCAGGAGGAAAUGUGCUGGAGUGGAGAUACAUAGCUGAUUGCUCACUGAACUGUCCAGAAAACAGCAAGUACAUGUUAUGUGGAACAUCUUGUCCAGCAAACUGUGCUGACGACACUGCCCCUUCCAAAUGUGAAAUGCCUUGUGUUGAAACAUGUCAGUGUAAUGAUGGUUUUGUUCUCAUUGAUGAAAAGUGUAUUCCAAGGGGCAACUGUGGAUGUAGCUAUAAUGGUCGACUCUAUACCCCUGGUGAAACAUUCUGGGGGGAUGACAAAUGUGAGCAAAGCUGUGUUUGCAAUCCCCAAACAAGAGAUGUAGAAUGCAAGGCUACAAAGUGUAAAUCAGCUGAGACCUGCAGCAUUGUCAAUGGAAUACGAAAUUGCUACCCUGUGGAAUAUAGGACUUGCUCUGCUUCAGGAGAUCCACAUUAUGUAACAUUUGAUGGACUAAAGUAUGACUUUCAAGGCACAUGUGUUUACCAGUUUGCCAGCCUGUGUGUUGAUGAUGACACACUUGAUGACUUUGCUGUAAAUGUCCAAAACAUUCAUAGAGGAUCCAAGGUUGUAUCAUAUACUAAGCUUGUAGAAAUUCAGAUAUUUGAUUUUGAAGUCAUAAUGAGCAUUGAGUAUCCUGGCAAAAUUCUGGUGAAUGAAGUUCUCACCAACCUUCCAUAUGUACUGCUUAAUGGUAAACUCACAGUUUACAAGAGUGGCAAUUAUGGAAUACUACAUACAAGUUCAGGCAUUCAAGUUACUUUUGACUGGCAAAGUCAUGUAUCUGUCACCAUACCUUCAACAUAUUCCGGUGCUGUUUGUGGUUUGUGUGGAAACUUUAAUAACAACACACAGGACGACUUGACAAUGAAGAAUGGACAGCUUGCACCCAAUGCAGGGGAGUUUGGACUUAGCUGGAAAACUGAAGAAGUUCCUGGUUGUACUGAUGGAUGCAAAACGAAUUGUCCACAAUGCAAAGAAAAUGAGAAGCAACAAUAUGAAAAAGACACUAGUUGUGGUAUCAUUUUGAAAAAGGAUGGACCUUUUAGAGAAUGUCAUAGUAAAAUUAAUCCAGAUGGAUAUUUCCAGGAUUGUGUUUAUGAUGUAUGUCUAUACAAGGGACGGAAGACUAUUUUGUGCCAGGCAAUCUCUGCAUAUGCUGCUGCGUGUCAACAUGCUGGUGUUACUAUUUACCCCUGGAGAGAUUUCAUUUCCUGCAGUCCCAAAUGUGGAAUUAACAGCCAUUAUGAAGUCUGCUCAAGUAGGUGCCCAGAAACAUGCAGCAGCCUGUUCCAAACAACAUUCUGUGAUGCAGCUUGCAGAGAAGGUUGUCAGUGCGAUGACGGUUUCAUUCUCAGUGGGGACACAUGUGUUCCAAUUUCCCAGUGUGGCUGUCUGUAUAAUGGAAAAUACUACAAGAGUGGGGAAACCUUUUAUCCUGGUAAACUGUGUCAGGAAGUAUGCAUUUGUAAUGCAAAUGGUCAGGUGAAGUGUACAGACUUCUCUUGUUCUGCCAAUGAAGAGUGCAAAGUGGUGAAUGGUAUUCAAAAAUGUCAGCCCAUUGGUUCUUCAACAUGUACUGCAUCUGGUGACCCUCACUAUAUGUCAUUGGAUGGUCUUGCAUUUGACUUCCAAGGCACAUGCACAUAUACCUUUGCUGAAAGUUGCACCAAUGAUCAAAAUCUUGUGGCCUUUUCUGUUGAAGUAGAGAAUGAAAGCUGGGGCAAUGGAAAAGUGUCAGUAACAAAAAUGGUUGCACUGACAGUAUAUGGAAACACCUUCAUAUUAACUCAAGGAAAAAAAGGCUUGAUAAAGGUAAAUGGAGUAUAUUAUAACCUUCCUCUGAACGUUAAUAACAACCAAGUGAUUGCUCGACAGUAUGGCAACAGCGUUAUCAUUGAAACAAACUUUCAGCUGAAACUCGCUUAUGACUUGGAGUAUCACUUGUCGUUAACAGUGCCAGGAAACUAUAAGAAUAAAAUGUGCGGCCUAUGUGGCAACUAUAAUGGUGACAAGAAGGAUGAUUUCAUGUUGCCAGAUGGCAGGACCACAACAGAUGUUGUACAAUUUGGAGCAUCCUGGAAAGUCAGUAUUCCUGGAGCAAAUUGUAAUGAUGGCUGCGGUGAAGACAAUUGUCCUACAUGUAGUACAGAUAAGAUAACAAUAUUCAAAAAUGAGAACUACUGUGGAAUUUUAAGCAAUCAGGGCGGUCCACUCAAUGCAUGCUAUGAUGUAAUUGAUCCAAAGAUUUAUUUCAAUAAUUGUAUAAAUGAUCUCUGUGCAGCCAACGGGGACCGAAAAGUCUUAUGCAACAGCAUCCAGUCUUAUGUUGCUGCUUGCCAGAAUGCUGAGGCCAUGGUCAAGGAAUGGAGGAAUAACAGCUUUUGUCCAUUACAAUGUAUGGCAAAUAGCCAUUACAAACUUUGUGCAGACAUCUGCAAAACUGCCUGCGCUGGAAUAGAGACGUCAAUAAAAUGCCCAACACAUUGUGCAGAGGGCUGCGAGUGUGAUGACGGAUAUUUCUUUGAUGGCCAGGAGUGUGUUGAAGUACCACAAUGUGGAUGCUUUGAAAAUGGACGUUAUUACAAGCUUAAUGAAGUUGUUCUGUCAGCAGACUGCAAGGAAAAAUUCACUUGUAGCCCAGCAGGUGGUUUGAUGACUGAGCCACACAGCUGCCAGAGUGAUGAGAUCUGUAAGAUUAUUGAUGGAGUUGUGGGAUGCUACAACACAGACCCAUGCAAAGGAUUCAUAUGCAGAGAAAAAGAGAAAUGCAAAGUGAAUAACAACAAACCAGAAUGCGUCCCUGCUGGUGAAUGCAUUGGCUGGAUUUGGGGUGAUCCCCACUACCACACAUAUGAUGGCUACAAUUAUGACUUUCAAGGCACUUGCACAUACACCAUUACAAAAACAUGUGGCAACGACACCUCCCUACCUCAAUUCACAAUUAAUAUCAAGAAUGAAAACAGAGGAAAUACUGCUGUUUCAUAUGUGAGACAGGUGGAUAUAUAUGUCUACUGGUACAAGAUAUCGAUCGUAAAAUUGGAACAUGGAAAAGUUAGGGUAAAUGAUAUAUCAACCAAUUUGCCUGCAACUUUAGCGAAUGGCAAGUUACUUCUUUACCAGAGUGGAAAUAAUGCUGUAUUAGAGACGGCCUUUGGGCUCAAAUUAACAUAUGAAUGGAACUGGUAUGUGCAUAUUACUGUACCCUCUAGCUACAGCAACAAUUUAUGUGGACUGCUUGGUAACUGCAAUGAAAAUGUGAAAGAUGAAAGAAUGACACCUGAUAGUACUCUAGUGUCAUCCAUAACAGAAUGGGCCAAAAGCUGGAAAGUGGAAGACAGAGACAAGUUCUGUUUUGAUGUUUGUCAGGGUGUCUGCCCUACGUGUGAUGACACAAAGAGGCAGAUUUAUGAAAGUGAAAGCUAUUGUGGUUUACUAACAAAAACUGAUGGUCCCUUCAGCGAAUGCCAUUCCAAAGUGAACCCUAAUAGUUUCUUUGACAACUGUGUCUAUGAUGUUUGCCUAAAUAAUGGAGCUAAGCAGCUUCUGUGCCAAGCAUUGAAUUCAUAUGCAGCAACUUGUAGAAAGAAUAGAGUUGUUAUACUUGACUGGAGAGAGCAAGCAGGAUGCCCAAUGGAUUGCGGUGACAACAGUCACUAUGAAGCAUGUGGAAAUGCUUGCCCUGCUUCCUGUUCUAACUCCACAGUUCUAUCUGCUUGUAAAGAUCCCUGUGUGGAAACAUGUGCAUGUAAUCCUGGAUAUGUUCUUAGUGCUGGAAAAUGUACUGCAAUUGAGAAAUGUGGGUGUACAUACCAAGGUCAUUACUACAAUCCAAGUGAAGAAUUCUGGGAAGAUGAAAACUGUAGCAUACUUUGCCGAUGUGAUCCCAUCCUUGGAAUGGUAGUAUGCAAACCCACUAUGUGUAAAUCCAGUGAAAAAUGUGACAUAGUCAAUGGAGUGCAGGGCUGUUAUCCUAUACAUUUUGCUACCUGUUCUGCUUAUGGAGAUCCACAUUAUACCACAUUUGAUGGAAAAAGAUAUGACUUUCAGGGCACUUGUAUCUACAGAUUUGUUGGUUUGUGUUCUAAAGAUCCUACUCUUACCCCAUUUGAGGUCAGAGUACAAAAUGACAACAGAGGCAGCAAGGUGGUAUCAUUCACAAAGGUGGUCUUCAUUGAAGUAUAUAAUACAACAAUAACCAUCAGUAAGGAAUAUCCAUAUCAGAUUCAGGUGAAUGGAAUUUGUACAGCAUUACCCUAUUACCUCGCUGGCACUAUGAUAAAAGCUUACAGAAGUGGAAAUCUUGCAGUAGUUGAGACGUUAUUUGGUCUCAAAGUUACAUUUGACUGGAGCAAUGCUGUAACACUCAGUCUGCCAAGCACUUACUCCAAUGCAGUCUGUGGUCUGUGUGGGAACUCCAAUCAGUCUCCGAAUGAUGACUUCAUGAUGCCUGAUGGCGAACUAGCACCAAAUGCAGUGAAAUUUGGAGAAACCUGGAAGGUUGGAAAUGUACCCGGCUGUGUAAACGAAUGCAUCGGGCAAUGCCCAGUGUGUAGUGAAGAUGAGAGACAAAUAUACAAAGGUGACAAAUUCUGUGGAAUAAUCAUAAGCAAAACUGGACCUUUCCGUGACUGCCUAGCUGUUAAUGAUCCCACUCCAUUUUUUGAUAACUGUGUAUUCGAUGCCUGUGAAUACAAGGGGCAUUCAUCAUUAUACUGUGAUGCGAUUGCAACUUAUGCUUCUGCAUGUCAAUCAGCAGGCGUCCCCAUCGAUAAGUGGAGAACAGAAUCAUUCUGCAGUUAUAACUGUCCACAGAAUAGCCAUUAUGAACUGUGCGGAUCUGGAUGUCAAGUUACAUGCAGAGGUUUGUCAGCUCCGGAAGGAUGCAAUGCUCCCUGUAGGGAAGGAUGCCAAUGUGAUAAUGGCUACAUCCUCAGUGGAGAUGAAUGUGUUCCAAUAGCAGACUGUGGCUGCUUGUAUAAAGGCCAGUAUUAUAAAAAGGGGGAGGAGUUUUAUCCAGAUGGGUUAUGCCAGGAAAAAUGUACCUGCAACAACAAUGUUAUCUGUAAAAAGUCUGCGUGUGGAGCCAAUGAGGAAUGCAAAGUAGUGAAUGGUAUUCGAGGAUGUUAUCCAUCUGGAACUGGGAAAUGCAUUGCAUCUGGAGAUCCGCAUUACUUGUCAUUUGAUGGCCUUGCUUUUGAUUUCCAAGGUACAUGUACUUAUACUUUGGCCAAAUAUUGUGGUACUGAGAAGCAUCUAACACCAUUUACUGUCAUAGUCGAGAAUGAAAGUUAUGGCAGUGGCAAUGUUGCAGUAACAAGAAUGGUUAUGGUGGAGGUUUACAACUUCACCAUUACUAUCAUGCAAGGAAUAAAAUGGAAAGUCAAGGUAAAUGAAGAAACUAUUAUUCUCCCAAUCUUCUUGGCUAAUGGUCAACUCUGGGUAAACCAGGAAGGUAGCAACAUCAUCCUGCAAACCAGUUUUGGUAUGAAGGUCCUUUAUGAUACUGUUUAUUAUGUAUAUCUUGAAGUCCCAAGUAACUACAAAAGCCAGAUGUGCGGCCUUUGUGGCAAUUUUAAUGAUGACCGUUCUGACGAAUUCACCUUAUCUGAUGGAAGUAUAACAAAGGAUGUUAAUGUGUUUGGAGGGUCCUGGAAGAUAAACAUUUCAGGAGUGAAGUGUCAUGAUGGUUGUACAAAUAACUGUCCCAGCUGUGACCAGACUAAAACUGAACUGUACAGUAAUGAAAAUAAAUGUGGAAAAAUAUCAUCCAAAAAUGGGCCUUUCACCUCCUGUCAUCCUGUGGUUGAUCCAACAAUUUAUUUCAAUAACUGCGUGUAUGAUCUCUGUGCUGUGGAUGGGAAACAAGACAUUCUUUGUACAAACCUACAGGCAUACGCUACUGCAUGUCAAUCUGCUGGUGCAGAGAUUAAAGACUGGAGGACCGCUUCAGGUUGUUCAUUAACCUGCCCAGUCAACAGCCAUUACGAACUCUGUACAAGGACCUGCGAUCAUACCUGUGCUAGUAUUACUGAUCCUUUGCGAUGCAAUGAAAAAUGCUUUGAAGGCUGUGAGUGCAACCCCGGAUUUAUUUAUAAUGGUGAAGAAUGUGUAACAAUAGAUCAGUGUGGAUGUUUCCACCAAGGACGGUAUUACAAGAUUGAUGAAACAGUAGUUAAUCCGGAUUGUACAGAAUCAUGUACCUGCUAUGCCAAUGAUGGUGUCAUUUGUGAAAACAUAACAUGUUCAAACUCUCUGAUCUGCUCAUUGAAAAAUGGUGUCCGUGGAUGUUUUAAAAAAGAAGCAACUUGCUUAAUUAAACAAGGUGGACAGCUGCUAUCUUUUGAUGACCUGACAGUGCAAUUUCAGACAAGUGGAGCAUAUGAAAUAGUUUCACUGUGUGAUGCUAAAUCACCUGCCUGGUUCAGGGUGAUCGUUGACAUCCAGUUCUGCAACAGAAAGAAGUCCCUUUCAGCAACAACUGUCUUUGCCUUCAUUGGUAAUCAUUUCAUCAUCAUAAACAAAGACAAAGAGUGUUGGGUAAAUGGGCAUCCAGUGCAUCUUCCAGCAAAUGUGAGUGAUGACAUUUAUAUAAUGUCAACAGUGAAUACAACAGUAAUAAAACAUUCUUCAAAGACUGAAGUGUCCAUUACCACAAAUGGGGAGAUUACAGUUUUAGCAGGCAGGACAAUGGCCAGCCGAUUGUGUAGCCUUUGUGGAAACUUCAAUGGAGAUGAAUCAGAUGACACAAAACUGCCAGAUGGAACUAUCACUGAUAAUGUUUCAGAUUCUCUGAAUGGGUGGAGGUCCAAAGACUUUUCAUACUGUGGCUACUAAACACAGAUGAGGAUCCAGGGACCAUCCAACAGAAUAAGAUCGGUUUUACAUAUGCAACGUUUGGUUAUCUUGGAAAUAAGUCAUAAAAAACUUUGUGUCAAAAUAUUUCAACGAGAAGGUCUGCAUAAUAAUCAAAAGCCCCUCUUCAUAAAUUUUACACAUAGAAAUUAAGUAUGAUUCAUGCAUUUUUAGUACUCUUUGGAUAUUUUUAAAAAGUGUGAAUACCUGAACAUUCUGUGUGUUUGUUUCUGUUUGAUUUAUUUCAGAAAGAUUAUUUCACAUGUGAUUUUGUG